UCGGCCCCAUCUGAGGGCCUGACAGCCCCCGGGCAGGGCGGCGCCACGGCGGGCACCGCGCUCCCCUCCACUGGAUCACUUCCCCCAGCUGGGGCAACUUCUCCCGAGGCGGGAGGCGCUUUGUUGUUGUUGUUUUUUUUGUUUUUGUUUUUUUUUUUUACUCGGCUCCCUUAUAUCCCAAUCGGGCAAACUUCUGGGCCCUGAAUGACUUUUCCUGAAGCGGACAUUUUCCUCAAAUCCGGAGAGUGUGCUGGGCAGACGAUGCUGGACACGAUGGAGGCGCCGGGCCACUCGAGGCAGCUGCUGCUGCAGCUCAACAACCAGCGCACCAAGGGCUUCUUGUGCGACGUGAUCAUCGUGGUGCAGAACGCCCUCUUCCGCGCGCACAAGAACGUGCUGGCGGCCAGCAGCGCCUACCUCAAGUCCCUGGUGGUGCAUGACAACCUGCUCAACCUGGACCAUGACAUGGUGAGCCCGGCCGUGUUCCGCCUGGUGCUGGACUUCAUCUACACCGGCCGCCUGGCUGAUGGCGCAGAGGCGGCGGCGGCCGCGGCCGUGGCUCCGGGUGCCGAGCCGAGCCUGGGCGCCGUGCUGGCCGCCGCCAGCUACCUGCAGAUCCCCGACCUCGUGGCGCUGUGCAAGAAGCGCCUCAAGCGCCACGGCAAGUACUGCCACCUGCGGGGCGGCGGCGGCGGCGGCGGCGGCUACGCUCCCUACGGGAGGCCUGGCCGGGGCCUUCGGGCCGCCACGCCCGUCAUCCAGGCCUGCUACUCGUCCCCGGCCUCGCCCGGGGUGCCCGCUCUAGGCCUGGCGCCGCCGCGCUACCACGGCGGCCUGGACGGGCCAGGCGCGGGCGGCGACGGCGACGACUAUAAGAGCAGCAGCGAGGAGACGGGCAGCAGCGAGGACCCCAGCCCGCCCGGCGGCCACCUCGAGGGCUACCCAUGCCCGCACCUGGCUUACGGCGAGCCCGAGAGCUUCGGUGACAACCUGUACGUGUGCAUCCCGUGCGGCAAGGGCUUCCCCAGCUCGGAGCAGCUGAAUGCGCACGUGGAAGCUCACGUGGAGGAGGAGGAGGCGCUGUACGGCAGGGCCGAGGCGGCUGAGGUAGCUGCGGGGGCCGCCGGCUUGGGGCCCCCUUUUGGAGGCAGUGGGGACAAGGUCGCUGGGGCUCCGGGCGGCCUGGGCGAGCUGCUGCGGCCGUACCGCUGCGCGUCGUGCGACAAGAGCUACAAGGACCCGGCCACGCUGCGACAGCACGAGAAGACGCACUGGCUGACCCGACCCUAUCCUUGCACCAUCUGCGGGAAGAAGUUCACGCAGCGCGGGACCAUGACGCGCCACAUGCGCAGCCACCUGGGCCUCAAGCCCUUCGCGUGCGACGCGUGCGGCAUGCGCUUCACGCGCCAGUACCGCCUCACCGAGCACAUGCGCAUCCACUCGGGCGAGAAGCCCUACGAGUGCCAGGUGUGCGGCGGCAAGUUCGCCCAGCAACGCAACCUCAUCAGCCACAUGAAGAUGCACGCCGUGGGUGGCGCGGCAGGCGCAGCCGGAGCUCUGGCCGGCCUGGGGGGGUUGCCCGGCGUCCCCGGCCCCGACGGCAAGGGCAAGCUCGACUUCCCCGAGGGUGUCUUUGCUGUGGCCCGCCUCACGGCUGAACAGCUGAGCCUGAAGCAGCAGGACAAGGCAGCGGCGGCCGAGCUGCUGGCGCAGACCACGCACUUCCUGCACGACCCCAAGGUGGCGCUCGAGAGCCUCUACCCGCUGGCCAAGUUCACCGCCGAGCUGGGCCUCAGCCCGGACAAGGCGGCCGAGGUGCUGAGCCAGGGAGCGCACCUGGCCGCCGGACCCGACGGCCGGACCAUCGACCGUUUUUCCCCCACCUAGAGCGCCUCUUGCCGGCCCGCCUUCGUCGCCGCCGCGUGGCCCCGGCCCGUGCCCACCCCCCUCCCCAACCCCCCCCCC